CUGGAAGUGGGCCUCACCCAGGCACCCAGCCCGCGUAGUUGACCGGACGCGGCGCGCCCCGUCCGUCCGUCGCCCGUCGCCUUUCCCCUCCUCCCCCAGGCCGCCCACCUCGCUCCACCAACCGCGCUCCUCGCCCACCGCCCGGAGCGGAGCUCGCCGGGGCGUCGCCGGCACCGCGCGCACCUCCGCGGAUCACGCAAGAUUUCUGCUUCACGAGUCCAGGAAGAACAACACUGGCAUCAAGCAAGUCAUAUUCAGCAGGGAACAGCAGCAUCGUUUUGAUCUGCCUUUUCGCAGGAUACUUGGCCAAUUCAUAGUGGAAACUUCAACUUGUUCAAGGCCUCUCUGUUCACAGCAGUACAUCAUUUUACAUCCUUGGAAAUUGUGGAGCGAGCCUACUUGAGAAUGCAAUGUAGCAGGAGUCAUUAGUUUCAGUAUGUCGGAGACUUGCCCUGGAGCUGCCAUACUCGGCUGCAUUGGCCUUUGAUAGAUGGUUUUUUCUCAGACAUCCUCUCUGGCAGUAAAGCUUGCACAAGGACCCAAGCUCUUUACUACAAAGACAAUUCUCCCCAUGGAUCCCCCGGGCGUUGUCUCCUCUGAAAAUGCUGAAUAUGAUUUCUCUGAUGUUUUUGGUUCCAGUCCAGUCGAGACAGCAACAGAACUUUGUGUUGUUGAUCCUGACAGCCCUGCAGCUCCUGUUGAGUCCCCUGAGGAGGUUUAUAAUGAUCCUGCGGUCAUCUUCAAGCGGUCACAUUCUCUUGUUGGUCCAUCAUCACUUGUUAGCUGCUCUUUGGGACUUGGCAAGCUCACUCUAAACAUAGCAGAUGGAUCAUCAGAACUUGUAGGUCACACUACAGAAGAAAAGGAACUUAACCUAGAGCAGUUCAGUGAUGAAGAGUUUGGUGAUGCCGUGACUGAGGAUGAGGGUGUUGGGCUUGAUGACUUUGAAAUCUUGAAGCUUGUAGGCCAAGGGGCAUUUGGCAAAGUCUUUCAGGUGAGAAAGAAGGGUACUUCAGAAAUAUAUGCAAUGAAAGUCAUGAGGAAGGACAAGAUACUGGAGAAAAACCAUUCCGAGUACAUGAAAGCUGAAAGAGACAUACUGACAAAAGUUGACCAUCCUUAUGUAGUGCAGCUGAGGUACUCCUUUCAGACCAAAUAUCGACUUUACCUUGUCCUGGACUUCGUAAACGGGGGGCAUCUCUUCUUUCAGCUCUACAAGCAAGGAUUAUUUAGGGAGGAACUUGCACGAAUCUAUACGGCUGAGAUUAUAUCUGCUGUAGCCCACCUCCAUGCUAAUGGGAUUAUGCAUAGAGAUCUUAAGCCCGAGAACAUCCUAUUGGAUGCUGAAGGCCAUGCCAUGCUAACUGACUUCGGCCUUGCGAAAGAAUUCCGUGAGAACACCCGAUCAAACUCGAUGUGUGGCACUCUCGAGUAUAUGGCCCCUGAAAUUAUUCAGGGCCAGGGGCAUGAUAAGGCCGCAGAUUGGUGGAGUGUAGGAAUCCUCCUGUUUGAAAUGCUGACGGGCAAGCCCCCGUUUGUUGGGAACAGAGACAAAGUUCAGCAGAAGAUAGUGAAGGAGAAGUUGAAGCUUCCUCCGUUUUUGACUAGUGAAGCUCACUCACUGCUGAAAGGAUUGCUGCACAAAGAGGCCGGCAAGCGGCUGGGAACCGGACCUGGCGGCAGCGACGAGAUAAAGAAGCACAGGUGGUUCAAGCCGAUCAACUGGAGGAAGCUGGACGCCAGGGAGAUCCAGCCGAGCUUCCGGCCCGACGUCGCCGGCCUGACCUGCAUCGCCAACUUCGACGUGUGCUGGACCAACACGCCCGUGCUGGACUCCCCGGCCGCCACCCCCGUCACUGCCGGCGGCGGGCAAGGCAACUUCGCGGGGUUCACCUACGUCAGGCCCGCGCCGUUCCUCCAUGACCUGAAGCCACCCUCGAGCUCUAGCUAGGCUGCAAGGUUCACUCUAGUGCGCCCGAAACGGGUGUGCGCAAUUUUGAUCUAGUUCAUUCACUGAACCGCUGUGUUCUAUGGCCUGUAUGAUGUAUAGAUUCUUGUGCAUCUGCUUUACUUGCGGCAAUGAGAAGUUGGAAACAGAGAGCAACUAGAGAAGUUGAGAAGUCGGCCCUUUCUCUGCUCCUUUUUCACUCAA